AUGGCCAGCUUUCUCGCCUCCAUUUUCGGAACAGAGCUUGACAAGGUCAACUGCUCAUUCUACUUUGUAAGCUUUUUCCAGCCAACUUUCUUCUCUUCUUUUUUUCCCCAUCUCGUCACCCCAACCACUGUCGCGAUCCUCGUACCCGUUACGGGGGGGGGGGGGGUUGAAGAAGACGGAGAUGGAAUCAGGCGUGCUGACGUUUCCUUCUCUCCCGACCAGAAAAUCGGCGCCUGCCGUCACGGAGAUCGCUGCUCCCGCAAGCACGUCAAGCCAUCCUACAGCCAGACCAUCCUCAUGCCAAACCUGUACCAGAACCCGGCUUACGACACAAAGAACCGCAUGAACCCGGCGCAGCUCCAGAAUCACUUUGACGCCUUUUACGAGGACAUCUGGUGCGAGCUGUGCAAGUAUGGCGAGCCAGAAGAGCUAGUCGUCUGUGACAAUAACAAUGAUCACCUCAUCGGAAACGUCUACGCCCGCUUCAAGUACGAAGAGUCGGCCCAAAAGGCCUGCGACGAGCUCAACAGCCGCUGGUACGCCGGCCGCCCCGUCUACUGCGAGCUCAGCCCCGUCACCGAUUUCCGCGAGGCCUGCUGCCGCCUGAACUCGGGAGAGGGCUGCGUCCGCGGUGGCUUCUGCAACUUCAUCCACCGGAAGAACCCCAGCGAGGAGCUCGACCGCGACAUCAUCAACAGCACCAAGAAGUGGCUCAAGAUGAGGGGUCGCGACGAGAAGAGCGUCAGCAGGUCGCCUACACCCGAGCCUACGCGUCGGAGGUUUUGA